AUGUCUGAAUUGCAUCACCUGCUGACUUUACCUCACAGGCCUAUUACCGAAGAGUAUUACUUUCCAAAAAUCCAACACUUUCUUAAGUGUGGUGUACCAGCCACCUACACUCUAGAACAAGCAGCAGCCUUUGAGAAGGACAGCGAGGAAACUUCUGAAUCAAAUACUACUCCACUCCAUAUUUUGGCAAGAUCCUUACCCAAAGAUCUGAAUAAUGAAGAAAAUGAAGUGAUCUUGAAAAUAUUCAAUAUAUUUUUCGAGUAUGGUGCAGGUUGGAAUUUUAUUGAUUUUGAAGAAAAAACUAUUGGUGAUUUGGUAUUGGAAAAAGGUUAUACGAAGGACAGUAUGCUCUACAAUCGUCUUAUAGAGGCUGGUGUAAGUGCCGAACUUCUGCUUAGAAAAGUUAAUGGUGGAGAUAUCGAGUUCAUCGAGGAUGAAGAUAUUUUAAACGACAAUGAACCAGGUUCUGAAAAUACUGACGCACCAUCGGAAAUACAAGAUGUUGUUACUGAAGACACAGAUGCAACUGCUGCUAAUCCAUCAACUUAUUUGAAAACGAAAUUAGAAUAUAAAGAAGACUCUCUGAUUACAAAAGAAAACAAAGAUGGUGUAAUGAUGGACUGGGAGGAUGAAAUUAUGAAGCUAGCAGCAAAUACUAUCUUUCCAGAUCUAUCAAAUACAACGGAUUCGAUAGUGUUAAAUAUCGGUUUUGGUAUGGGUAUCAUUGACUCUUACAUUGAAGAAAAGAAACCAAAAAUGCAUUAUAUAUGUGAAGCACAUCCCGACGUCCUUCAAAAGAUGAAAGAAGAUGGCUGGUAUGAAAAACCAAACGUUGUGAUCUUGGAAGGUAAAUGGCAAGACACUUUAAAUGCAUUAUUAGAUGAGGGAGAGGUAUUUUUUGAUGGUAUUUACUAUGAUACGUUUAGCGAGCAUUAUGAACAUAUGUUAGAGCUUUACGAUGUUAUCGUUGGUCUCAUCAAAUCGGAUGGUGUCUUCUCGUUUUUCAAUGGAUUGGGUGCAGACAGGCAAAUCUGUUAUGAUGUCUACAAAAAAAUUGUAGAAAUCGACGUCGCCAUGUAUGGUUUCAAGUGUGAAUACACCACCAUUGACAUUGGUAAUCAUUUACCCGAUUGGAAAGAUGUUAAGCGUUCAUAUUACAAUUGUACGUAUUACUAUCAUCCACGUAUAACAUUUAUAUAA